AGGCCCCGGCCCGGCUUUGCAACCCCAGCAGGGAGCAACUCUCCCGAGCCUGCCGUCCAGUUCACCAUGGAAGAGUACGGGCAGGUCCUCAAGUCAUUCAUCCACAACAUUGGCUUCGCCAGGGACGAGGGCCAGCUUCGGACGCUUGGCGAUGUCAUCGAGGCGACUACCGAGCGGCACCCGGGUAGCGUCCUCCAUGUUUUAGACCUGCUGAAGGGGCAUUCUCCGUCGAACUACGCUGGGAGGGCGGCGGAGUGGGCCGCAAAGGCGGUGGACUUUGUGGCAUCCCCAAGGCUGUUAGACUCCCUUUCUGGGACUCGAUCCUUUCCCUCCGUGAGCGAGUUGGUGAGGGACCGCGAGGCGCUCGACCUGAUCAGCCACCUGUUGGCAUCCCGUGGCCAGGAAUCUCUGGAGGCUCUGCGGCGCAGCAACCCGCCGCUCGCUGACAAGGCGGAGGACUUCGGCAAGUCGGGGUAUCUCCUCCUGGAGAAGGACAGCGUGUCCUUCACGAGCGGGUUGCACCUGGAAUUCUUCCGCUACAAUCUGGCCAGGAGGGUGUGGGGCACCCCCAAGGACAUGCCGCGGUCACUCGAGGCGUUUCUGGAGGAGGCCCUGUCCAAGAUGCAGGCGCCUACGCUACAAAACAGCCUGAACCUGAGCACGAGGGGCGGUGUAGUGGGGGGUGUGCUCGAGUCGCAUUUCCAAUUUGAGCUGUACUCGGCGGUCACGAGUCUGUUACCAGAGGGGGUCUACUUCUCCCCGACAGUCGGCAAGAUCUAUGGGCUGGAGGCUUACGUGGAUUUCGUGUUGCACGGGACGGGGAUAAAAUGGGCAUUCGAGCUGCUGAUUGACGGGAGGGACCUGACAGAGCAUCUAAAAAGAUUUCUGCCAAACGGGCGAUAUCAUCCCAUGAUCCAGGGCAAUCAGAUCGACGCAUGGGUUGUGGUGGACUUGCGCAACCACAGGACCGGGAAGCCAAGACGGGCGAGGGGUCCAGGGGUCUGCCAUGUUCUCUUCGACUCCAAGUACGAGAGGGCAAUUGUUGAUUAUGGUAACAACAAAGAGCACGCAGUACUUCUGAUGGGUCGAAGGUGACGCCUUGUGAUUCGACUUGUUCGCAAAGGUUUUAACUAGCGGCAAAUACCCAUCACCCAGGACUGCUUGAGAGCAAGCUUCCCUUGUUACACUGCUAAGGUGGGUCCAGCCGGGCACACAAAUGGCGCCCGCGAGAAGCCCCAAAUGCGGCAAGAUAGGGUACGCAUCGGCUUUGCCAUUUCACCGCUGAAGCUUGCCAAACAGUCAAAGUCCUAUUGCACAUAACCUUCGGCAUCCGGCCAAGCCGGCAAAAAGUGGUUCUCCCAUGUUGACCAUGCAAAGAACUCCUGCCCGCUGCGUAUUGUGGUCACUUGAGAUACUGAAAUGCACCUCGCAGCUCUAAGCCCUCCUGUUUAGCGUGGUUGGUGCAGAUUGCUUGGCAUUUUGUACUCAAGAGCAUACAAGUAUCCGUAUGGCCUCCACUCUUUCCUAUGUAGAGUAGCUAGUUCGCAUUGUCUGCUAACAAUUUCGUG